CGCUAGGCCUGCCCAGGCCUCCUUCCCUCCUUCCCCCCCCCCGCCCGGUGCGAGUGACUGAGCGCGGCAGCUUCCUCCACGGACGGCGUGCGGGGCCUGGCCCCCCUCUCCCUGUCUCCUCUCCCGGCCCCUUUCCCUUCCCAUCCCCUUCCCGCAGGCCCUCGCUCCGGGUGGGGGGGGGCGCGCCCGGACCGGCCCCGCUUUCUCUCCAUCGCCGGGGAAUAAUUGCAGCGCGCUCCCCUCGCCUUAAAGCAGCCGGGCGAGGCACCGGCUUCUCCCCCCGGUCGGGGGCCUGCCUCGGGGCGCCUCCCGCCCCGCCCGGGCCCGGUGCUUGGGUUUUUUCCCUCCCCAUCCCCGUGCCCCCCCCCCUCCCGUCUCUCCGCUCCUGGUUGCUCCAUGUCGGCCCCGCUGCCCGGCUCCCCGCUGCAGGAUGGAUGCAGACACUGACCGGGGAUCCACCCCGCCGGCCCAACCUCCCCAGCAGCCGCCUCCCAGCUCCGCCGUAAGGAGCCCUUGGGACCCUCCUCUGUUGCAGCUGCAACGGCAGCCGCGGACAGGCGCGCUCCCCGCUCAGUGACCGGCCCCUUCCCUCGCUUCCCCCCCCCCAUCCCCGCCGCCGCCGCCUCGCCCUCGCAGCGUUCCCCCGGGGCACGAUGUCGGGGGGCGCCGCAGACAGCGGCACACCGGCUCCUCGCUUCCUGGUCCCCCCGCCGCCGCCGCCUAAGAACGGUUCCAGCUCGGACAGCUCCAUCGGGGAGAAACUGGGAGCCGCCGUCGCCGCCGACCACGGAGCCACCGGAGCCGGUGCAGCAGGCGGCGGAGCCGGGAGCGGAGGCCGUAGCGAGGAGUACCGGCGCCGCCGCCACACCAUGGACAAGGACAGCCGAGGGGCGGCAGCCACCGAGCACCGCUUCUUCCGCCGUAGCGUGAUCUGCGACUCCAACGCUACGGCCUUGGAGCUACCCAGUUUGCAGCCCGCAGCGCCCUCGGCCCCUGUCUCGGGAGGCAGCGCCGCUCCCUUGGUCUCUCCUCCCGAGUGUGCCAGCCGGACUUCUUCCAUCGCUGUCACCGCCGCCCAGGCCCCCUCGCUGCUGCAGCAGCCCCCACCGCCCGCCCCGCUUCCCCUCGAAGGACAGUCCGCUCAGGAGCCCUCUGCCCCGAAGGAUGCCGCCCCGCUGCUGCCCAAGGAGGAGGAGGACGAGGCGACUGCGUUACCCCCCACCAGUGUGGCUGGCAGCGCCUCGGCCGCCAGCAGGGAAUUUGAGGAGCGGAGAACGCAGCAGGAAGACAUCGAAGAGCUUGAGACCAAGGCGGUGGGCAUCUCCCCAGAUGGCCGCUUCCUGAAGUUUGACAUCGAGAUCGGAAGAGGCUCUUUCAAAACUGUGUAUAAAGGACUGGAUACGGAUACCACUGUGGAAGUCGCCUGGUGCGAGCUGCAGGAUCGGAAGCUGUCCAAGUCAGAGCGACAAAGAUUUAAAGAGGAAGCUGGGAUGCUGAAAGGGCUUCAGCAUCCCAAUAUUGUCAGGUUCUAUGAUUCCUGGGAGUCUACAGUCAAAGGAAAAAAGUGUAUCGUUCUGGUAACGGAACUCAUGACAUCUGGAACAUUGAAAACGUAUUUGAAAAGAUUUAAAGUGAUGAAAAUUAAAGUACUGCGAAGCUGGUGCCGUCAGAUACUGAAAGGCUUGCAAUUUCUACACACGCGCACCCCUCCCAUCAUUCAUAGAGACUUAAAAUGUGAUAACAUCUUUAUUACUGGCCCCACUGGAUCAGUCAAGAUUGGAGACCUCGGUCUGGCAACCCUGAAACGAGCUUCUUUUGCCAAAAGUGUGAUAGGUACCCCAGAGUUCAUGGCCCCCGAGAUGUAUGAGGAGAAAUAUGAUGAAUCCGUUGAUGUAUAUGCUUUUGGGAUGUGUAUGCUAGAGAUGGCCACGUCUGAGUAUCCUUAUUCCGAGUGCCAAAAUGCUGCGCAGAUCUACCGUCGAGUGACCAGCGGUGUCAAGCCAGCCAGCUUCGAUAAAGUAGCAAUCCCUGAAGUGAAGGAGAUAAUUGAGGGAUGCAUUCGGCAAAACAAAGGCGAAAGAUAUGCUAUUAAGGACCUUUUGAAUCAUGCUUUCUUCCAAGAAGAGACUGGAGUACGGGUAGAACUAGCAGAGGAAGAUGAUGGAGAAAAAAUUGCCAUUAAACUCUGGCUGCGAAUUGAAGACAUCAAAAAACUCAAGGGCAAAUAUAAAGAUAAUGAGGCAAUAGAGUUCUCCUUUGACUUGGAGAGAGAUGUCCCAGAGGAUGUAGCGCAGGAAAUGGUGGAAUCUGGCUAUGUCUGUGAAGGGGAUCACAAGACGAUGGCGAAAGCUAUCAAGGACAGGGUAUCUUUGAUUAAGCGAAAGCGAGAGCAGCGUCAGUUGGUGCGAGAAGAACAGGAGAAGAAGCUUCAGGAAGAAGGUAGUCAGAAGCAGCAGCUGGAGCAACAGCAACCAUCAAGUGCUUCCCAUGCAGGGUCAAAGCAUCCCCUAUCAGUCACUGGUACUACUCCUGUCCCCACUACUUCAGCAUCGGUUUCUACACAAGUGGAGCCUGAAGAACCAGAAGCUGAUCAACACCAACAGCUGCAGUUCCAGCAACCCAGUAUAUCUAUUCUUUCUGAUGGGACAGUUGACAGUGGGCAGGGGUCAUCUGUUUAUACCGAAUCCUGUGUGAGCAGUCAGCAGACUGUGUCGUACGGUUCCCAGCAUGACCAGUCCAUCUCGACAGCGGCGGUUCAGGGCUAUCCAGCUUCUGUUGGCCAAGUGCAGUCGCAGCAGCACGGAGGAUAUCAGCCACCUGCAGCGCCUCAACGUGGUCGUAGCAUGUCAGUUUGUGUCCCCCACCUUCCUGCUCUUCCCUCUAUGUCCUGCAUCCCUCUCAGUGCUCCUUGCACCCCACCACCAGCGCUGUCUGCACCUCUUUCUCCUUUCUACCUUCGGACUGUCCCUGAAGAAACCUUUGCAGAAAAGCUUUCUAAAGCCCUGGAAAGUGUCCUGCCCAUGCACUCUGCCUCUCCACGCAAGCAUCGACGCUCCAGCCUGCCCUCCCUCUCUGUCAGUCCUCCUCAGCAUCCGCGUGGGGGAACACCAACGUUCCCAGAUUCCCAGAUAUUUUUCCCAACCGUUCAUGAACGGCCGGUGUCUUUCUCUCCUCCACCUGUCUGCCCGCCGAAGGUGGCAGUUGCUCAGCGGCGCAAGAGCACUUCAUUUUUGGAAGCUCAAACUUGCCACUUCCAGCCAUUGCUGAAGACUGGCCAGAGUUUAGUCCCACCUGGUGGUAGUCCCACCAAUUGGACACCAGAGGCAUUCGUUAUGCUGAGCACAGCAGCUCAGAGAGUCGCUGGAGAGCCUCUGCAUGUGCAAGUUAAUCCCGUGUUUGAGCCAGCUCCUGUCCACAGUGACUAUAGAUCUGGACCAACUCCUCCAGAGGAUGCUCACUACAGAAUGCAUCCAGAAGCUGUAUAUUUGGUGGGCAUGCACUAUCCAUCACAGGUAUCGGAGCAGUAUGAUCAAGUAGCUUAUAAAUCUCAUGCGACUGAACAACAUUUGAAGCAGGUCUCUGAGUCAAACAAUGGGCAAGGUGGUCCUCCACAAAGCUCUGUGUUCGACUUUCAAAUGGGGCAAACAUACCUGGCAAGACACGUUCAGAACCUGAGGCUGGAUUCUGGGAUGGGUCCCCUUUCUCCAUUAUCCAGUGUUUCAGCUCCUCUGAGUGCAGACCCUGCUCAGAUGACGUUCCACCAGGUAUUUGUUCCACACUCUGCCCCGGCUGUGCUCUCUCACAGUGGUGAUGGCAGAGCGAGCUGUGUCUUUGAGUUCCAUGUGCACACACCGACUUCUGCUCCAGCAGAAGGGCCAGUUUUACCCCAGCGGGUCUACAGAAGUCGCCGGGGCUCUAUGGAGACCAGUCAAGAGGAAUCCACUCAAGGCAUAGGGUCGCAUGGUCGGCUUCAGCCUGUGACAGAGGAGCAGUGUAACUAUCUCGGUCCUGAGUUAGCAGGUCCCAGAGGGGGCUCUGCCAGGCGGAGCUGGCCGGAAGGAAGCCCAGAAUACUCCAGUGAUUCCUCACAACUGACUUCCUCUGACACUGGCGAUUUUCAGUCUCCUCCCCCUACAGGGGGGUCAUCUUCUGCUUUUGGUUCUGACUUCUCAUUGCCCAUUGUUCAGCUGCCUCAGAAGGUGUUGCAAGAGUCGCAGCUCUUCAUCUGCUUCCCCCAGGGAGCCUCGACUCAGCAGGCCUUGUCCACCUCGCUUUCAUCAGGACCACCUGCACUCUAUCCUCAGACACAGGUGCAAGGCCAGUCAGCCUCAAGCAGUGCAUCAGUGCCAUCCCAGCCUACCCAACACACUCAACAGAAUGCACAGUCAGCCUCUUCCCAACAGCCUGGACAAUACCAGCUGCAGCAGCCAUCAGUUUCUGCUGGCGCCACUCCCACACAAACUGUCUCUCAAACUCAAACUUCACAGAUUAUGCCGAUGCCUCAGGCAGCAGCUGGGACACAGCUUCCUGUUUCCCAACCAGUGUCGAUCAUCCAAGGCGAGCCUCAGUUACCUGUUGCAGCACCUUCUCUCCCUCAGCCUUCAGUUGCCCCAUCAGUCCCCAUUGGCUCUCAUUUCCUCCCCAUGGGACAGCCCUUGCCAACUUCCAUGGUUCCCCAGUUCUCAGUCUCUCAGUUGCCCGUAGCAGCUCCUCACGUGUCAGUGGCUCAGCCAGGUUUCCAGUCACUGCCCAUUUCAAUGGCCGCUGGCAUGAAUCAGCCAUUGCUCACGCUGGCGACGACUGCUGCGGCAACCGCUGUGCCCGUAGGAUCAACCGUUGUCCCUAGCCAGCUCCCCACACUGAUGCAGCCUGUGGCUCAGUUGCCCAGCCAGGUUCUCCCGCAGCUCCUGCAGCCGGCUGUCCAGUCCGUGGGAUUGCCAGUCAGCAUUGGACAAGCUGCUGAAGCUUCACUUCCUGCUGGAGAUGCUCUUUACCAGGGCUUCCCGUCUCGGCUGCCUCCUCAAUACCCAGGCGACUCGAGUGUUGCACCUUCCUCUGCUGUGGCCUCUGUUAGCAUUCCUUCUGCCGUACUGUCCCCUCCCUUACCCACAGAUGCGAUGGCUCAGCCGGGCUACCUUGCUCCUGGUGUGCAGCCCUAUGUGGAGCAGAACGUUAUCGUUCCCAUGGGCAGCCUAGGAGGACAGGUUCAAGUGCCCCAGCCUACCGUGAGUUUAGCACAACAGGCCUCUUCUGCCUCCUCGCAGCAGGCAGUUUUGGAGGGUACUCAGGGAGUCUCACAGACUGCUCCUUCAGAGACUCUUCCAGCAACACAGCCUGCUCUGUCUACCCCUUUGGCUUCCUCUAUGGAUAGUGCACAUUCUGAUGUUGCUUCAGGAUUGAGUGAUGGCAACGAGAAUGUUCCAGCUUCCAGUGGAAGGCACGAAGGGAGGACUACCAAACGUCAUAUGAGGAGGUCUGUCCGCAGUCGCUCUCGCCAUGAGAAGACUGCUAGGCCAAAACUGAGAAUUCUAAAUGUUUCAAAUAAAGGUGAUCGGGUAGUGGAAUGCCAGCUGGAGACACACAAUCGGAAAAUGGUUACUUUCAAAUUUGAUUUGGAUGGUGACAACCCCGAGGAAAUAGCUUUAAUUAUGGUGCAGAAUGAGUUUAUUUUAGCAACAGAGAGAGAGUCAUUCGUAGAACAGGUACGAGAGAUUAUUGAGAAAGCAGAUGAAAUGCUGAGUGAGGACGUAAGUGUGGAGCCAGAAGGUGAUCAGGGUUUGGAGAGUAUGAGGACAAAAGAUGAUGGCUUCUUUCCAGGGUCGCAGAAAUUAGAGUUCAAACAGCCAGAUCCUACAUCUUCCAUGCCACAAAGAAUAGGGGUUCCUCCUAGCUCCUUUACCCAGGUUGUCCAUUCUGCAGGAAGACGGUUUAUUGUCAGCCCUGUUCCUGAGAGUCGGUUAAAAGAACAGGGCUUUUUCACAUCUGCUGUUCCUGGAGGAAAAGAAACUUCGGAUUUAGUUGCUGCAUCUCCACUACAUGGUCCUGGAAUGAAUCUCUCCCACUCCGCAUCAUCACUGAGCUUGCAGCAAGCUUUCUCUGAGAUGGGGCAUGCUCAAAUGACAGAAGGACCUAGUACUGCUCCUCCAGUGUUCAAUCAAACAGUACCACCAUUUCCACCUGCACUUUCUACCAUGGCAGGCAGUGGUGCAGCUCCUGUAUCUGUGGCUGCUUCUUCAAUAUCUGUUCCCUCCAGCACAGGUGUUUCUCUUCCAGGAUCUGUUACUUUGCCUUCAGAAGGUGCCUCUGUUGGGGUUGCACCGAGCGCAAGUGUGCCAAGCUCUGUUUCUCCACCUCCAGCCUCACAAUCUGGACAGCAAUCGACUGGUGUCGCUUCCAGUGUGAGCGCCCCUGCUUCUUUCUCCUUACCUACCACAUCCCAGCCUGCUCAACCAGUAGUAACUGGAGAUGUUGCUCCCAGUAUCAGCACACCGUCUUCUUUGGCACUGCCAUCUACCCAGGUUCCUGGUGUCACUGGUGUUGGUGGUGUUGCACCAGCUGUGACAUCUCAGUCUCCUCCGCAGAUUGUAAGUAGUAUGGCAGGACCACAGACAUCUGUUGCCCUGUCCCUGCCUCAGAAUGUGGCUUUGCAGCUUCCUCAUCUUAGUAGCAGUGGCUCUGUCUCCAAUCUGGCAGAAACAACAGUUGUGAGUGCCCCACAGCCACUACCUGAGAGUGGGCAGUCUAUGGAUAAAUCACAGCUCUGCAGUGCAGCUGGCUUAUCUCUUCCAAUUUCUGCACCAUUGUCAUCCUCAGUGGCAACAAGCAUAUGUGGUUCAGUCGCUCAACCGGUGAUACAUCCCUUACUUGUCCCAUCAGGAAUUACAUCAACACCUGUCCUACCCCAGAUUCCAGGUGCAACACCCAUGUUGCCCCAGGUUCCCUUACCUGGUGUCUUACCGCAGCCGGUGACUAACUUGCCCGCUGUACAGCAGACUUUGAUACACAGCCAGCCUCAACCAGCUCCGUUACCCAAUCAGCCUCACAUCCACUGCCUGGAGGCUGAUGCUGAUGCUCAGUCUAAAGCUCCUGGUAUCGAUGAUAUAAAGACCCUGGAGGAAAAGCUACGGUCUCUCUUCAGCGAACACGGCAACGUGGGAACGACGCAUCCAUCAGUAUCUCUGGAGACAUCAUUGGUAAUGGAUACUACAGUUAUUCCUGGGAUACCAACCACUGCUGUUGCACCAACCAAACCCCUGACAUCCAUUAGCACUUGUAUACCUCCCAGCAGUUUGCCUCUUGGACCAACUGGCUUGCCAGUGCUGACACCAGUUGCCACUCCUGGGCAAGGGAUCACCCCGGUCAGCUAUAUUUCGGCAUCGAGCAGCAUUGCAACAGCUGUAGUGAAACCAGGGACCUCUCCUUCAAAGCCCCCACUUAGCAGGGUACCGGUGCUACCAGUAGGUUCUGAACUUCCGGCUGGCACUCCAUCCAGUGAGCCGCUGCCACCUUUUCCAGGACCUUCACUAACUCAGUCCCAGCAGCCACUGGAAGAUCUGGAUGCUAAGCUGAGAAGAACCCUCAGUCCAGAGACCGUCCCAGUGACAUCUGCUCCUGCCUGUUCCGUGCCCUCAGUAGCAUCUACAACGGUUAUCGGGCUGGUGUCCACAGCAACACAGUCUCUGAAGGAUGCUUCAGCAUCAAGUGGUGGAGAGAGCGGUGCUGUGGCUACCACAGCAGGAGCCGGGGUUCUUAAGAUGGGACGGUUUCAGGUGUCUGUGGCAGUGGAUGAUGUGCUGAAAGAGGGUGACAAACCUGAAGCUAAGCCGGUGCAGUUUGAAACCACCUCCACUGAUUCUUCAUCUCUUUCUGGCAGUAGCCCAGAGAGCACACUGGUGAAGCAGUCUGGCAGUCGGAAAAGUGAGGCUGUCACUGACUCCUCUUUGGAUGUGGCAGAUGGCAUUCCUCAGAUAGUUCCUGUGCUGCAAUUACCAGUAGAUGUUGGGCAGCCUACUAAGGUCGGGCGCUUCCAGGUAACAACAACGACGGAUCAAGUGGGGCGCUUCUCGGUGUCAAAGACUCAGGAUGAGGUCAGCUGUGCGGAGAAAGAACCAAUGACUCUUCCUCUCUCUGUGGACUUGGAACAAGUUGCUGCUUCAGCUGCAACUCCGAAGAAAGAGUUGGAGUCAAGGCAGUCCCCACACAUGAACGGUCCCUCCUCUGAACCGGAGGCCGCCUUCUUGAGCGGGAUGGCGAAGGAUUUCGAUGAUGGCUCGGGGAGCCCAGACUCCCUCCAGCCCAUGGGCUCGAAGAUCAGCCUCCCUGUUCAGAGCCUUAGCAACUCCUUCAACUCUUCCUACAUGAGCAGCGAUAACGAGUCCGAUAUUGAAGAUGAAGACUUGAAAUUGGAACUCCGUCGGUUACGGGAGAAGCACCUUAAAGAGAUCCAGGAGCUGCAGAGCCGCCAGAAGCAGGAGAUUGAGUCACUGUACAUGAAGUUGGGAAAGGCCCCACCUGCAGUAAUUAUUCCCCCAGCUGCACCCCUUUCGGGAAGGAGGAGACGACCUACUAAAGGAAAAAGCAGCAAGUCCAGUCGUAGCAGCUCCCAGGGAAAUAAGAGCCCUCAGCUAUCAGGCAAUCUGUCAGCUCAGAGUGCACCAUCAGUCUUGCCCCCACAGCAGACUCUUCAUCCUCCUGGUAGUGUGCCAGAGACCGGGCAGAACCAUUUGUUACAGCCCCUCAAACCUUCACCUUCUAGCGAAAACCUCUACUCUGCCUUUACCAGUGAUGGUGCCCUUUCGGUACCAAGCCUUUCUGCACCAGGCCAAGGCUGUGCGAAGUUUAACUGUGCAUCUGAGAGAGUGACCUUCAAGCCUGGUGGCAGGAGGACCCGAUUUCUGAGUACGCCCUGCUUGGCUCUUUGGAAGAUGGUGAAAAAAGUCUGUCCUUGCAACCAGCUCUGUAGGACCAGCAGCACGAACACGGUCGGGGCCGCGGUGAACAGCCAAGCAGCCCAGGCUCAGCCUGCUGCCCUCGCCUCCAGCCGCAAAGGGACUUUCACAGAUGACCUGCACAAGCUGGUAGAUAACUGGGCCCGAGACGCCAUGAACCUGUCUGGCAAGAAAGUUGGCAAAGGGCAUAGCAGCUAUGAGGGCCCUGGAAUGGCAAGAAAAUUCUCGGCGCCGGGUCAGCUCUGUAUCUCUAUGACAUCUUCCCUGGGUGCUACGCCCAUCUCUGCAUCAUCAGCUACCUCUUUAGGUCCCUUCACCAAGGCCAUGUGCCCCCCGCAGCAGUACGGUUACCCAGCAGCCUCUUUCGCCGCUCCGUGGAGCGGGACGAGCGGGCCAGCCCAGCCUCCCCUCAGCCAGUUCCAGCCCGUAGGUGCCACUUCUUUGCAAAGCUUCAACAUCAGCAAUUUGCAAAAAUCCAUCAGCAACCCUCCAGGCUCCAACCUGCGGACCACUUAACUGCGCCGGGGAGACCCUGCUGGCCUAGACCUCGGGGACGGGGACGUGGGGAGGGAGAUGGGGGCCCUGUAUCAACUCCUAGUGCUGCAAUGAACUGGUAGCUUGCCAGACUGGGAAUGAAUUUUUCUCUUUUCCAACCAUUGCUGUUAACUCUCUGUAAAGGGAGUUUCCCCACAGGCUUUUCAAGGGGGAGGAGGAUGAUGGGCAUCCUUACGAUGGGACGGCGCUUUUCACCCAGGGGUUCCGCUCUCGUGUGGCACGAGAGCUGUGAAGAGGAGUCACGGGGUCAGUUUAAGACGGUCUGGCUGUUAAAAAAAAAUGUCUCUCUGGUUUGAGGCUGAAUCCACAGGUGGUGAGGUGGGAGAGCUGAAUCCUAGCAUGAGGCUUUAGCACCCUUCUCAUCUCUCCCAGAAGAACCAAGCCCAGGAGAAAAGCUGUCCCAAUCCCCCUCCUCUCCCUCUCCCCCGGUCAAUCCUUUAUCUGGCUCCGAAAACGAUGGGGCACACGAAUGGACUUGCAGUGCAGCCCGUGCUUGAUAGGUCAUUACUGCUUUAAGUAAGAUAUUAACAGCUUUGACUGCAGCAUUAGAGCAAUUUAAAUUGUUUAAAAAAAUUUUUUAAAAGUUCCCUGCGGACAUGUACUUACCAUCAGUUUUGAUGUGGAAACACUGUGAUAUAUAAAUGUUGUUGGACAACAGUAGUUUAAAAAAAUGAGUGGAAUAUAGAGGGUUAAAAAAGUUAAAAAAGAAAAAACGGGAAAAAAAGCUAGCUAUAUCCUUAUACUUAUUGGAGACACUUUAACUUUUUCCUUUGUAUUUUCAUUGUAUUAGAUAAAUAAAUGUGAAUGUAAAAUUGUAUAAAUUAAUGUACUUGAAUACUUGUCUGUUCUCCCAGUAUGCUUGCUGGAUAUUUUAGUGCCUUGGACUUCUCUUGCUUCUGCAGUUAGCAUCGUCUUCCCAGCAGAGCCCCGGGUGGACAGAGGGCAAGUUCAGAGGAGGAUGGAGAGGCUGGGUCCCCGGUGACCGGUGGGACGGCGGGAGUUGAUGUAGCGCUACCGGUACCGUCUAGAGCAGGUUGUGGGGAGCUGGGGUGGUGGAACAACAACGUUCUGAACGUGGGGGGAGAAACUUGUCCAGGCGGGCAGAUCUGAAGUUGCUGGUGUGACAGGGGCCAGGUGGGGGUGGGACCGGAGGGUUGGGGGUGAAGCUUCAAAACGAGACUUAACCGAUAUCGUCCGGGGAGGCAGGAUGGGAGAGGGAGAGAGGAUGGGGAGAACGUGUGUCUUUGGGAAAGGCCCAACUUAAGAUGCAGUUUGACUCCACCUGCGAAGCUGGAAAGGUGUUUGGUCAGGAUGUGGUUUGAGGGAGAGGUGCCAUUGCUCGUUGGCGUGGGCUUGUCUGCUGGGAUUGCUUUUCUUACCUUUUCUUUUUGUUUUUUUUUUUUUUGGUAAAAUCCAUUGAAACCAGGAAUAGAGUGUCCUGGUGCAACGUCCAUUGCCGGCAAUGGAUGUACUUGAAACAGCCGGCAUCAAGAAGUUCCCUCCCUCGUUUGGAGGAUUUACAAUUUUUGUUCACUCUAUUAACAAAUUUCAAGCUGGUACCAGGACUGUAACUAUCUGUCACCUCUCGGUAACUGUACUGUACCUUCUGCUUUGGUCGUUCUCCCUUUUCAUAUUUAAAAAAAAAAAAAAAGUAGUAAAAUACUGGUUUCCUCUUCAAAGUAAAAAAAAUAAUACCAGCCAGUGUUUCUGUCGUGCUGCGAGAAGCUGGGAAGGAAGAGAGGACUCUGCCCCGGGGCGGUGGGAGUAGCUCACCGGGACCCUGGCAGCUGGGGCACCACUCGGAUGUUACUUGCCUAAAUAUUAAUUAUUUUGGGGAGGGCUAUUCCCCCGUGGAGCCUUAACAGGGAGGUUUUCUGUCUGCGGAUGUUCUCACUCUUUUAUUAUUAUUAUUUUUUUUUACAAAGAAAGGCGCAAGAUCUGUUGCUUUCCUGUCACUUGUUUUUGUUUUACAGCGGUGUUGGCAGGAAGGGCAGGUACGGGCUGGGGGGGAGGAAAGGCUGGCAGGGAGGUGGCCGGGCUCCCAGUUCCUCCAGUUUUGGGGGUUCAUUCUUUGUAACCGAAGGGCAGAAGGAGAGAGGAGGCAGCGGGGGAUCCCCGGGGCUCCUCCAGGAUCCCCCAGGAUGCAGGGGGGUGUCCCCAGUGCCAGGGGAGGGGGCAGCUCUGGGGACAGGGGGGGGUGACAGACCUGGGGCAGUAAGGAAGGACGGGGAGUGCUCCUGAGAGGGGACCCAUUCAGCUGGAUGCAGCAGCACGUGGUUAUUUAAUUUUGAUCUACUAAGUUUGAGGUCGUUUUUUCACUUAAUGUUAUGCAAGAACUGGUUUUAUUUACCAUUGAUUUAUUAUUAUUUUUUUUUCCCCUCCUCCCCUCUCCUCCUGUGGAUGAAUAACUGAAGUCUAGAGGAAUAAACUAAUGCUACUGAACUGUUAAAUUAUUUUGUUUAAUAUUACACUUUGAGUAUCUUUUUCCACAUAAAAUCUGUUUCUGAAUUACAAGCGUUUUCUUUACAUUAUUUAACAAUGUACACUGUAAAAAAAAAAAAAAAGAAAUAAAAAAACCAAUAAAAUGAAUUGAAACCUU